AUGCUCCCUGCGGACAAUGGAACUUACGGCCCUCCAGUAGAGGAAGUUCGUUAUUUCUACAAAUACUGGCCGAUCGGCAUCGCCGUGUCCAGCACCUCUAGAAUCUUUGUCUGUUACACCCGUGGGGACUACGAAUACACCGUUACGGAAGUCCACAGCACGACUUCAGAGACGCCUUUCCCAUGUGCUGGUCUGAACUUGCCUUCUGAUGCACUCAACACCACUUUCAAUGGGAUCGAGUUCGCAAGUGCGAAUUCCACAGGCCUGAUCAGCGUGCAGGCUCUCUACACAACUCCUGCAACUUCCUCGGGACGAGGUGAAACGCUGUGGCUCUUGGACACAGGCCGGCCGACUAUCCAGUCCUCUUCUGGGAGCUACACCAUGCCCUACGCACAGCCGGGCGGGCCAAAAGUCGUGGGUGUCAAUCUAUCGAACAACACCGUCUACGCGACCUACACGUUCCCUCCCACCGUGCAUUUCCCCCGACUCGUACAUGAACGACAUCCGCUUCGAUAUUCGAGCCGGGCUCGAGGUCGCUUACAUAGGAGACUCCAGCAACGAAGGCCCAGCGGAAACCAGACAAGACUUCACUUGCAUUCGUUCAAGGUGCCGACGUUAAAGACCUAG